UCCAGUGUGUCCCAGAUGCCUGUGGCUGAGGGCAAGAGUGUCCAGCAGACUGUGGAACUCCUUACCCGGAAGUUGGAGCUACUUGGGGCAGAGAAGGAAGGAACAUUUUGUGUGGACUGCGAGACUUACCACACAGCUGCCUCUACCCUUGGUAGCCAAGGUCAGGCCAGGAAGCUGAUGUAUGUGAUGCACAACUCAGAAUACCCACUGAGCUGUUUCGCCCUCUUUGAGAGCGGCCCCUGCCUUAUUGCUGACACCAACUUCGAUGUCCUCAUGGUGAAGCUCAAGGGCUUCUUCCAGAGUGCCAAAGCCAGCAAGAUUGAGACCCGAGGCACCCGUUACCAGUACUGUGACUUCCUGGUGAAGGUGGGCACCGUCACAAUGGGGCCCAGUGCCCGGGGCAUCUCUGUGGAGGGAGUCCAGCCCAGGAUGCAAAGUGGAAAGCUGGGUUCUCAGUGGUGGAAAGUUUAGGAAGGCUGGCUUACUGGAGAAGAGAAGGGAUAGUCAAAGAAAAGUGGGGAGUUUGAUGUGUAGAGAACAGUUGAUUAUUCCAAGAGGGACUGAAGCAGACCCCAGACACCUCGAGCAACUUUUGGAAGGGGGGCU